AUGCACGACUUGCGCAGCAGCACUGCCACUGGAAGCACUGGUAGCAGUAGUAGUAGUAGUAGUGGUAGUGGUAGCAACAAGGAGCUCGAUCUGACGUACAUGCCGUACCACGAAGGGCUCAUGAACCACAACGCGCCACCUGUGCGGGGCAGUCUCUCCGUGCGCGUACCCAACGCACAAGUGCAACAACUGCAACUGCAACAACACCACCACCAGCAGCAGCAGCAGCAGUCGCCGUUCUACGGAGACAGCGACGACGACGACGACGCGUCGGACGACCCGGCGUGGAUGAACGCCCCUCGUGGCAGCUUACAGCCCGCGUUCUCGUCCAGUGUGAUGAAAAAGACCGCGUCCAGUGGGUCGGCGACGGACUCGGAGACGUCGAGUGCCGUGUCCGUCGACACGAACCGCACCGGCCGCGCCACAGUACCCGACGAGCAGCAGCAGCAGCAGCAGAUGUCGAUCGACGACAGCGACAAAGAGACUGUCGACAAACGCAGCAGCUCCGAGUUCACCAGCGACGAACUCGUGACAGACGCAGAGCUGCAGCAGUGCACGACCGCAGCAGUGGACCAAACAGUGCCAGUGGACGUUGCAAUGCCAACCCGUGCGACGAAAGAGUCGUCGAAGCUGUCGGACGUGUCGGUCGACGACCUCACACCGGCCGCAGCAGCAGCGGAUGCCCCCAACGACCGCUACCGCGAGAGCAUUAUGCGAUACCGUCCGAGCAACUUCCAGCCGCAGGACGUGAAGACGGCUAUGCUCGCGCGCGACAGCUUAGCGCCCGACACGUUUGACGUGGGCUGCAACACGGACGCUGGAACCCGCCGCAGCGCCACCGACUAUCGCGACUCGAGCAAUGGCCUGCCGACGACCGGGAGAACGCCCACGCGCGACUCCGUGCCGCACGUUGGUCCGCGCGUCAUCGAAGAGGGACUCUCGGACUACCUGCGGGCCGCCAAGGCGGGCAAUCUGCCGUUGCUGCGCAGCUGCCUGCAGGACCGGAGCACGAACGUGGCCGAGCGCGACGCCGUGCACGGCCAGUCGGCCCUGCACAUUGCCGUGCGCUUUGGGCAGCUGCACGCGGUGCAGGUGCUCUGUGGGAAGAAGACACGCAGUUUGCUGAUCGACGCCGUGGACAACCGCCUGAACACGCCGCUGCACUUGGCCGCGGCCAAGUCGCGUCGGAUCACAAAGUACCUGCUCGAACACGGCGCCGACGCCUCGCGCGUGAACAGCCGCCACCAGACUGCGCUGGCCGUGCAGCUCAUUACGACCAAGCGCGACGACCCGCUGAUCACGGAGAUGCUCUUGCAGCACAAGACGGACCCGAACGGUGCGCUGGGCAACAGCACGCUCUUGCACAAGGCCGUGGACCUCAAGCUGUUUGAGAUCGCCUACCGCCUCGUGCGCCACGGCGCGCGGCUCGAUGUCAAGGACGGCCACGGACGCACUGUGUUUGACAAGGCCGAGCCAAAGGUCCUCCGCCAACUCUGCAGCAAGAUCGCGUACCCGCCCGUGUGGAUCCCGAACGACGACCACAAGAGCUGCAUGAGCUGUCUCCGGACGUUCAGCCACAUUGGCAUUGGCGUCCGUCGUCACCACUGCCGCCACUGCGGUCGUCUCGUGUGUGGGCGCUGCUCGCACGUGUCGGUGGACCACGAGGCGUUCCCGAGCACGUUCAUCGGUCACAUGGACCGGAACAUGGCCGACGAGCGCUCCACGCGCAAGCGCGUCUGUACCACGUGCAGCAACGUGUUUGACGAGCGGGCCAAGCAGCAAAAAGACGGCGCUCGAGACAGCAGUGGCAAGUGGUCGGACGCGUUCCUCGAUCGGGUCGUUGGCUGUGCGUGGGACGAGAUCGAGCGCAAGAGCACUGGCAAUAGUCCCGGGGCGUCGCGUCCGCGCGGGUCUCUUGCAGCGUAG